CUGACAGGUAAACAACAGAGAGGGGAAUACAGGAGCCCCGCUGUCGCGACUUUCUCGACCAUCGCGUAGAGAUUAUGAAACCGACCCGACCCCUGUCUACAGCUAUAGAAAAUCAAUUGAGGAGUUUGUGCCUCUCGGACUUUCCUUGCGGCAAAGGACGUUGGUGGUCCAGCGGGCUGCAGGAGUCAUCAGGUGGCGAGAAGCCCGACACCGAGGAGCCUAGCGCCCUCAUAGACCUCCUCACCUGCUCACAGUCGCCAUGGAAACACGAGGGGUCCUUGAGUCCGCAGGUGACUGCCCUCAGAGAGCUGUCCGUGCGGAUGCCUGAAUGCCUGAAUGACCAUUUCAUCUACAGCUUUCUCACCUCCUUACGGGUGGUGGGCCAGAGGGUGUCCGUAAUAGAUGAGGGCGUGCUGCGUUUCAGUGGGCUGGAGGAGCUGAUUCUCUGUGUCAACGGCAUCUCCGACAUCCCACUCAAACACCUCCCUACAAGCCUUCAGGUGUUAGAGUUGUAUGCUAACAAGCUCUCCAGCCUGAGAGGGGCGAGUGGCCAGCGCCUGCCCAGUCUGCAUCACCUGGGCCUGGGCUGCAACCCCCUGGGCUCCCUGGAGGACCUCCAGUACCUCUCCAGCGCCAUCUGGCCUGGGCUGGUGUCUCUGGACCUGAGUGAGUGUGGCUUUGGCAGCCUGGGGACCAUGGUGGCGUGCCUAGCUGGCCUGUCCCGCCUACGAGUGCUCUCAUUGGAGGGAAACCCACUGGUGCUAAGCCCUGCCUACCCGGGCCUUGUGAUUGACAGCUUGCCCCGCCUCCAGUACCUGGAUGGGGCUGGCGUCACCCCUGACGACCGCAACGCCUUUAAAGGCAUGGCGGCACUCAAAGGGCUGGUGCUAGGCGUGGCGGUGGUGAGGGUGUGUGUGGGGGCCAUGAGAGGCGCGCCCCCUCCGCCGCUGCAGAACACCUCUGCUGAGUUCCCAUUGGUCAACUACAACUACCGCAUCAGCUACCACUUCCUCUCCAAUCAGGGAGAUAGCCCGGCGUUGGCCUCAUCUGACCAGGCCAGAGAGCAUGAUGUCACCUACGGCAGCCCACAGAAUGAAGAGAUGCAUCAUGGGAAGCCCGCUGCUGCUGACAACAUGCCUGAUAAGCCAAAUAUCCCCCUGACGUCAACAGCUGAUGCUAAAUACUCUCUGCCAGUGUUGCGGCAUAGCAGCCCUGCGCAGCCCUGGGCCGAGGAGAUGGAGCUGAGCCACUGUGACGUGCACCGCCUGCAGGACCUGUCUGGCCUCAAGAGCUUCCUGCUGCAGGGCCUGUGGCUCUCCGUGCUGGAGGAGAAGGUAACGUCCUGGCCAGCGACUGAAACACCUGGUGCCAAGUCAGUGGACAAGAAGGGAUCUGCAAAAGACAAGAAAAAGAAGGUGGAGCUGGUGCACGACCCGCCGGUGUGCCGCUCUCUGGGCUCUGCACACGUGCAGCUGAGGGACAUGGUGGCCCACAACCAGCACCAGCUGCACACGCUCUGUGACUACGGAGUCAUCGACACCGCCAGCGGUCCGCAACCCCCCCAGGAACUGACAAAGAAGGGCAAAGACGAGAAGAAAAAGGAAGAGAAAAAAGGCAAACAGGGAGAUGCAAAAGGCAAAGGGAAAGGCAACAAGGAAGGGGAGCCGGAGCACCCUGCAGAGGAGGCAGCAGGGAGCCCGGUGGCCAAAGGAGCAGGCAGCCUGCAGCCCCCCCUGACCGUGGAGCUCAGCAUCCAGCUGGAGAAGUGGCUCUCCACCGCCCAGGCCGCACACACACUCACACACACUGCUGCACACACCACAGAGUAGACACACAGACACACGCGUGAUGUGUGUGUGUGUGUGUGUGUGUGUGUGUGUGUGUGUGUGUGUGUGUGUGUGUGUGUGUCUCUGUGUGUGUGUGUGUGUGUGUGUGUGUGUGUGUGUGUGUGUGUGUGUGUGUGUGUGUGUGUGUGUGUGUGUGUGUGUGUGUGUGUGUGUGUGUGUGUGUGUGUUUGAGAGAGAGAUAGAGAGAGCAGCAGCUGCAAAAUUAAUGCUUUACUCUAGUGUGUGUGUGUGUGUGUGUGUGUGUGUGUGUGUGUGUGUGUGUCUGUGUGUCUGUGUGUCUGUCUGUCUGUCUGUGUGUGUUCAUUGCACUAAUGAGGACUCAUUAGUACUUGAUCUAGAAAAGAGUCAUCUCUUACUGAUUCAAUCACUGUAUAGUACGUGCACAAUGUUCUGACUUUUGUGUUUGUGUAUGCAAAAGUGACAAAGUAAAGCCUUUCAUCUAUGAUGACAUGAUAUGA